UAUUUUUUCUCAGACAUUUCUUUGUUUCUUUCUUUCUCUUCUCCAGCUCUGGGUACUUAGCUUCUUUCAUCCUAAAAAAGUGUUCCCUCACGUUCCCAAAUGAACUAGCGCGGUUAGCAUAGCCCAUCACUUUCCUUAUGACUAGUGAAGCUAGCUAAACUGCAUUACAGUUAUUUUAUUCUCACAAGUGACUUUAAAUCUUUACUUAGAUGAAGACAGGGAAAAAGUCAGUGAAGCAAAACAUACACGAGCAGCAGCUGACUGCUAACUUUUUCCAUUUUGAUUUAAAUGGCGUUAAGUAAGCGCGCUAAUGGAAAUAAAAUGCAGUUUUGCAGUUUGUAUCACCAACAAUUGCCCUCACAUUUCACCCAGAGUUGUUUAAAUGUGACUGAGAUGGGUUGUUUGCAGGCUUUCAAAGUUAUUCUUUUUCUAAACUUUCUCACAUAGAUCUACAGAAAAUGGGAACAUGGGAAUUAUCUUUAUGUAGUUUCUUUGGACAGGUUUGUAUAGAGAGAGAAUAUCAAGUCCUCAGAGAAAACAGAUUAAAAUGUAGUUGCUUCAUCUCUAGUUCAAUCAUCAGGUUUUUAAGUUUUGUCUUUACUGGCUAAAAUCUUUUACUGACACUAUGACCAGUGAAUGCUGGGAUGGUUCUAGGAUUAACCUAUUUUUUCCCCCCUCCUAAUAUGAACUGGUUUUACUCCUAAGCUACAGCAGCUGUCAACCCACAGCCACCUUGAGCCUCUGUGGCCAAGCUUGAGGUAAAGGGCUGCUUGGAUAAUUGGCUCAGAAGUUUGUUUGCAGAAACCUGAAUAAGUUCAACAAUGCCAGCAAGAUGUGCAAAGAGAUUUUUGUUUAGUAAUCUGUUCAGGAGUCACGCAUGUAAUAUACAGCGGUCCUAAGCAGUUGCCCAAUGCUUGCUUUUGCUUUCUGUUUGUCGCCCUGUUGCUCUGCAAGUUUACCAAACAUUAGUUUUCUGUAAGCUGCCAUACUGCUGAACCAUUAUUUUCCUGCGUGCCAUAAGCUGCUCAAAUGUGCAGAUGUAGAAUAGUGACUUGGCCUUUGUGGACAGCCUAUUGUGUGCAGUGAAUGGGCACCCCGGGUCUGGAGUGUGGGGGGACACCUGGCCGAGCACUUGAUGAUUUCACUGAGAGCAGCUGGAAGAGCAAAGGGUCAGGCAGCAUAUCUAUUGUAUAGAUGAGCCCUGAGUGGGGAGUUUCAACUCAUUAGACAUACUGGUAUGUUCUUUAUGUUGAAUUUGUCUUAUGCACAAAUAUAUAUAUUAUGUUAGGACAAACUGAAGUUAGGUGAUCAAAAUAUAUAAAAUAUAUAAAGACACCUAAGGAGGGUGGAAAAAUAUCAUAUUUUUGAAAUUCAAGAAAAAAGUGGACAGUACAAAUUAAAAAAAAAUGUAACAAACAGACAAAUCUUAUUAGAGUUUAUGUAAAUAAAAAUAGAAACAUGUAUUCUAACUCUGCUCAGCCCAAUUUAAGCAUCACCUUUGGUAAGCUUCAUGUGGCUGAUCUCAGCUGUUGUGUCUGGAAGUUAUGUCAUUGCUUAAGUUAGUAAGACUCUGUCUUUUUGCUUUGGACCAAUGUCAGCUUCUUCUCUUACUUCAAUCCCACAUUAAAAUAUUAGCCUUGUAGAUAAUUCACCAAGGUUGAUUGUCUGCAUUGCUAUCAUUACUUCAGGGAAACGUGGCUUACAGCUGACUUGAACUCCAGACUUGUGUUUUGAGGCGCUGCUCUCUGUCCAUUUGCUUCUGUUGUUUUUCAAUUAGAGAAAUGAUGCAACCCAAUUGACACAAAAACGUGGUCCAUGUGUAACUGAAUCUGCCAGUCUGGAAAUGCUGGCACACUGCUCUGGUCUAACUUUCUCAAUUAGUCCCUGGCUGCUCUGUCCACUUGGCUUGGUGCCACUGUGUAUUCAUUGUUUUCUUGAUUAGCUGUUUCAAUAGCAUAUAAUCUAAAUACUUACAGAUAUUUAAAAAACAAAUUAUUUGGUGAUCAAAGUGAAAUAAAUUAAGAUUCAUUUUUAUUUAUUUAAUGAAUUACAAGAAAGUCAUGGUUGUUGUUGGAUAUCUUUGUGUCUAUCAGUUUAUCCGUUUUUCUAAUCAUUGUAAUUGGAUUACCUAAAGCCUCCACUGCAAAUGAGGCUGGAGCAGUGCGUUGAAAGCUCAGUUGCAGGGCAGUGCUCUCAGAUGAAGUUGUUGGUAAGAACAGAUGCUGCUGAGAUUGAUGAAGCCAUCCUGUUUGGCAGGGUGCUGUCCUGUGGGAUGGAUGACGGGCAAGAGCAGGACCAGUACGAGGAGCAGCUGAAAGAAGUUUUUAACAGCUUUGACACUAGCGGCUGUGGCUCUCUGUGCCCAGAGGAGCUCUCCGACCUCUGUCAGUCGCUGCACCUUAAUGAUACCGCUCCAGCUCUUCUCCAGACUCUGCUCCAGAGCCAGGACCGCCUCACUGCCAGGGUUGACUUUGAACAGUUCAAGGAUGCUCUUAUUCUGGUUUUGUCUUCAUCCAUCGAGCCAACACAGGAAGAACAGGAAGUCCUGCCAAAACCAGAGUCUCCUGAGAUCAAACCAAAGUUUGUGAAGGGCGGUAAACGUUAUGGCCGCCGUUCCACACCAGAGUUAAUAGAGCCUAUUUCAGACUUGACUGAAACCACACACGUAAAACCAGCCGACGAGGAGGAUUUGGAGGACAACUAUGACUCAGCUGUUCCCAGGAAACGUGAGCGCUGGAAUGCUCACGAAUCAAGCACAGAGGAAUAUGAGGCAGAAGGUCAGAUGCAUCUCUGGAACCCGGAUGAGCCGAACACGCCUCGGGGAUCCAUUGUUCCCCUAUCAGCUCAUUUAGAGGAGAGGCUGCGUGAAGCCUGCGAGGAGAUGGAAAUACAAUGGGACGGAUGUGCUGGUCACGGUGAACUGCUUGCUCUCUGUGAGCAUUUGGGUCUGGAGGUGAAUGGAGAUGCGCUCCUAAGCCUGUCUGCCGAUGGAAUGAUGACUGUUCAGGAGUUUGUAUCCAGGGUUGCAAACCACAACAAACCCCCCACGCCAUCAGCCUCAACACCCUACAGGCAGCUUAAACGGCAUCACUCCACUCAGCCUUUUGAUGAGGGGGGACGGAGGAUAGCUACGCCCUCUUCUUUAACCAGCACCAUUGGCAUGCGUCUGUUCUCCUCUCUUGAUGAUGGCACCGGUUACACUUCUGUGGAGUACAUCCUGGAUGCCUGGAUAGAAGACGGAAUAGAAAACAGCACUGAUAUCCUGCAGGCUUUGAACUUUGAGCUAGAUGGAAAACUGAGUCUUGGUGAUCUCACCAUGGCACUUGAAAAUGAGCUACUCGUUACUAAGAAUGGGAUUCACCAAGCGGCACUGGCGAGCUUCAAAGCUGAGAUCAGAUAUCUCCUAGAGCGUGUAGACAGAGAGCUCAGAGAGAAAGAGAAAAUCCGAUCUGAUCUGGAAAAAGCAGAGAAGCAGAAAACGCAGCUUGCCAAUGAGGUGGAUGAGCAUCACUCUGCAAUUGAGCACAUGAAUAACCUCAAUCUCAGGAAGCUUGAGCAGGACCACAAAGAGAAGCUAGCGGCAGUAAAAUCAGAGCUGAUGAGGGAGAUGGAGCAGAUUCAGCAACAGGCUUUCCUGCAGCGUGACGAGCUGGAAGCAGAGAUCGAGAAGAUCAGGGAGGAUGAAUCUUUCAUCCGAGACCACCUCUCCAUCUCGGUGAAGGAGAACAGACGUCUGGAGAUGGAGUUACUGGACUGCAAUGAAAAACUAGUUGAUGCUCAAAACCAAAUUACUAAACUCCAGACAAGUUUGGACAACAUUAUGAAAGAUAAGUUUGGUGAUCUGGACCCUAACAGUGCAGACUUCCUCCUCCAAGAGGAGCGCAUUAAACAGCUACGCAGCGGCUAUGAAGCUCAGUGCAGGGAAUUACAAGAUCGUAUCGAUGAGCUGCAGUCAGAGCUGCGGGAGUUCCACAGCCUCGGCAGAACUCAUCAGUCUUGUCAGAAACCUCUCUCUGAGGAGCUGGAGAGUAAAAGCCCUGGAAUGGAGUCUGACCCAGGUCUCGGUUCAGAGGAGGUUCAGCCUUUCAGUAUGAGCCUAGAAGCAGAGAUGAUGCUGGAGCAGCUGAAGGAGCAGCACCUGCGUGAAAUCGAGGAAUUGCGAAACCAGCUGGAAAUCAAGAUGAAUGAAUUUAACAACAUGGUGGAAAAACAAAGGCUGAACCAUGAAGACCAGAAAGCUUCCUUGGCGAACCUCCACCAGCAGGAGGUUCAGGCUUUAAGAGAUGAGAUGGUCAACAUUCAGAGCCAUGCACAGGAGCUGCAGAGCCAGCUGGAGGAGGUAGAGUUGGAGAGGAGUUUACUGGAGGAGAAACAGACAGAGGAAAGGGAAGAGCUUAAGAACCUCCAAGAAGAGGAGUUGGUAAAACUAAGAAACCAGCUCCUGGAGGCCCAGACUCGCACUGCAGACCUGGAAGAGCAGCUGAAGACCCUAAGAGUUCAACAGACAGAGACCGAUGAAAGUCUUGAGAUUGAGAAGCUGAGGACUCAACAUGCCACAGAGCUCAAGAAACUAAAGGAUGAGCAUGCAGAGCUGUUUGAAACCAGACUAGCAGAGGAGAGAAAGGAAUUACAGGAGGAAAAGGCUGAUUUGGAGAAGAGAUUAUUAGAUGAUUGGGAAAGCAAGAAGAAAUUGUUACUAGAAAGCCAUGAGGAGAAACUAAGUGAUAAACUAGAGGAGGUAAAAUUGAAAUUUGAGGAAGAGCGUGAGGAAUUGGUGGAGACGCUGACAGAGGAGUGGCAGAAAGAGAGGGCUCAGCUGGAUCAGCAGAACGGCGAGUCUUUACAGAUGCUGCUGGAGGAAGAGAUGCUGAGACUCGUCAAGGAGCAAGAAGAGAAGGAGAACAGUCUGAGGGAGCAGUGGGAGAGGGAACGAGCUCAGCUUCAGGAGCAUCACGAGGCGGCGCUGCUUGAAAAAAUACUCGAGAGGUCGCAGCUACAGGAGAAGUUUGAGCAGAGGGAGAAAAAGCUGAAGGAGAAGUGGGAGAGGGAGAGACUCCAACUGGAGGAGGAUUAUGAAGGGAUGAUCCAGGAUAGGAUAAAUGAGGAGAGGGAGAAGUUUGAGACGGAGAGGGAGAAGGUGGAGAAAAGACUGGAAAGUUUGAUGGCAGAGGAGAAGGCGCGUCUAGAGGAGAGCCAUCGAGAAGCCGUGAAGGAGCUGAGUGUCAAGCAUAUAGAGGAAAGGGACACACUCAGCGCCAUGUUAGACAAACUACGAGAUGACAUCGCCCAGGAGAGGAAGGACAUCGAGAUCAGUUUCAACCUGAGAAUCAAAGAAGUGGAAGAUCGUUUCUCGUGUGAUCAGGAAUUUGUUGCACAGCGUUUUCAGGCUGAUGUUUUGAAACUUGAACAGCACUACCAAAGAGAGCUGGAGGCUCUUUCUGAAAGCCACGCCAAGCAGAAGCUCGAGUGGGAAGCAGAGAUGCAGAAGGCUCUCGAGAGAGCAGAGGAACAAAGAAAAAUGAUGGAGGAGGCAGCGGAGGGGGAAAGACAGAGAUUAAAUCAGGAGUGGACAAAAGAAAGAAGGGAGCUAGAAAGUGUUCACGAAGAGCAAAUGGAAGCACUAAUGAAUGAGAAAAAGCAGCUGGAACAUGAGCUCGAUGACUUGAUUAGCAAGGCUCAGACCAAAGAAAUAGAGCUCAGCAAGCAGCUGAAUGAUCUCCAUAACAGGCUUCAGGAAAGCCUGAAAACCAAACAUGAUCUUCUUGUUCAGACAGAGCUCCUGUUGAAUGAAACAGUCGAUGAUUUUAAACAGGAGAGGGAAGAACUUCUGAGUAGUAAUUCAGAACUUGAAUCAAAGUACAAUGAGAUGCUUUGUAUUUCAGAAAGGCAGACAGCAGAGAGGAUUGAACUUUUAAAUGAGCGCGAUGAUUUAAAGAUGAAGAUCGAAGAGCUGGAGAUGCUUCUUAAGCGGGCUGCAGUGGACUUUGAGCUUGACAGGCGUGAGCUACAGGAAAGUGUGUCGAUUCUUGAGCAAAAGCUAAAAGAUGCAGUUGAGAUUAAGGCAGAAGAUUUUAAAGUAAGAGUUAAAGAGCUGGAGAUGGAAGUCCAACAGCUUUCAUCUUCUGUGGAAAAAGUGGAAGACAAAGAGAUGAAGGAAUUGAAGGGGAUGAACACAUUAAUGGAGGAGAUGCUACACAACAGAGAAUGCGUUUCUUUAUUUGGUGAAGAAACACCUGAAAUUCUGGAUGAACAAGAUAGCGAUGAAGAGACUCUAACGGGGACUCUGUAUGCAGGAGAGGAAGCCACUGAAAACGUGGAUGUUUUUGAUGCAAACAAUGAAGAUGGCUCUGCUACCAGUGACAUUCGGGGAGACGGAGAGUUAAUGGGUGCUAGUGAAAACCAAGAACUCCGACAAAAUAUCGUGCAAGAAGAUAUGAAAGAGACUCAUGAAUUGUGUCCUGCAAAUGCUGAUGGGUUUCAGGGAUGUGGUGAUGAUAUUUAUGUUACUGAUUUCCCCGAGCAAGCUGAACUUUAUCACGCAGGCUGUGAGUUGGCACCUUCUGAUCACCCCGAGUCCGAAUCCACAGAAAACCCAAAUGAAGCAGUUUUCCCAGAGAUGAAAUGUGGGCCCGUCUCAUCACUUGAGGCCUUUGAAGAUGGUGAGAACAAAGCAACUCUUGAAUUAUGUAAAGAGAACAAUCCUCAAGAUGUAGCAGCAGUGGGGUUUGAAAGCUAUUCCCAGGAAGAUGAGCAGCAUCAUGAGACUGUGGUUGUGUCCUCAACGCUGGAGGAGACAGGUUACCCUGGUGAACCGUGUCUGGAGGAUGCUGAGGUUAACUGUUUACUGAAUAACUCCCUGGUUUUAGACUGUGAACAUUUACUCGCAGAACUAAAGGGGGGAAACGUUAAAUGUGGACAUGAAUGUGUGGAUCAAGACUCUGAUUGUGAGCGGCAGCCUUUGCUGAAACUACAGGCUUUCUAUAAUACGACCACAGAGGAGAACAUUCUCCUGCAUGAGAAGAUUUCUUUGCUUCAGCAGAAGACUGAAAUACUAGAGAACCUGCUGGCUCGUAACAAUGAAAAGAUCAAGGCUGGGCACCAGGUGUUAGAGGAAAACUACAGCCUCAAAGUUAGAAUGUUGCUGUUAAUGGAGCAUGUCAAAGAGCUGGAGAUAAAGGCCUUGAAAAUGACAAAUCUUCAGAUUAGGUAUGAAGAUUGCAUGUGUGAAAAUGCCAAACUGAAGGAGCAAAAUGGUGAACUUGAGAGAAGGGUGUGGAGCCUUGAGAGCAGGAUCAAUAUUUUCCACAGUUUCAAAGAGCAGCAAAUUUCACUUGUGGAUGAGAUCAACAGGAUGAGAGAAGAAAACACUAAACUGUCUGAGCUGUUCAGCGAAUUAGAAAGGCAGGAUGGGAUUCUUUCAGCCUUUGGCCUAGAUGCUGAACGACUGGAGAGCCCCUCAGUGGAGGCUUUUCUGGAUUUAGAUAGGGAACUGGAGGCGAAUGUUGAUGCAGUGACUGAUCUUGAAGACUGCUGUAAGGCGUUGGAGAAGCAGAACACGCAACUUCACCGAACCAUCACAGAGCUACAACACAAGUCACAGACAUUAAACAAAGUGACGCAGGCUCAUAGAUCUGAAGCCAGUCGUCUUGCUGAAGAAAACGUCAUCCUCAGGCAAAAGAUCUCUGCAUUGAAAGAAGAGGACUUAAAGGAAGUCCAGCAAGAGUUGACACAAACAUGGGAGCACCUGAAGAAAGAGAAGCUAGCAGCUCAAAAAGCAUCACAGAAUUUCCAAAAACAGAUUGCAGAGCUGCGUUUGCAGAGUCAGCAGCUGGAGGAUGCGAAUGGGAUGCUGUCAGAGAAAAAUGCCCAAAAUACUGCCGGUACGGAGAGUCUACGACAGCAGCUGGCAGAAUUGAUAAAGGAAAAUGAGAGGAGGGAAGCUGCUUCUGCUGAAGAGAAAAACAAGCUGGCAGCUUGUGUGUCUGCUCUGGAGGCAGAGUUGACCAAAGCGCUGGAGGACACUGCACAGCUGGAGGAGAGGAAUAUCCAGCUGUCACAGAAGCUCUCUAACCUCAGAGAGAAGGCAAUCGCGGCGGGCACAAUGGAGAGUCACCUCAGCCACCUCGUAGAGGAGCGGAGGAGUGUGGAUAAGGAGACUGUAGGGCUGCGCAACCAGCUAGCCAGAGCUCAAGAGAAGGUCAAGACUAUGGAAGAAACUCUUCAGACUGUCAACCAUCAAAGUACUCGUCUGAAGUCGGACCUUCGUGUCUCGCAACAAGAGAGGGAUUCUCUAAAACAUGAAGUUGCAUUGCUACACAAAGAGCUGCAGAAUGCUGUAGAUAAAAACCGUAUUUUGGAGAUGGCCCUGCACUCAAGCGGUCUGCAGAAUCACAGCAAGAAGCUGUACAGAGAUGAGAUGUCUCGGCUGAUGGAGCAGGAGCAGCAGCUACUGAGGCAAGAAAACGAGAGACUUCAAGCAGAAGUGUGCAGCAUCAAAGGAGACCUCACCCAGUCCAGAGAAAAAGUCCGUCAGCUUGAUGCUACCAUACUCUCCCUGAAGCAGCACAAACAUCAGAGUCCAUCCUCUCUGAUGAAGGCCUUGGAACAGGAAAACUUCUCUCUUAAAAAGGAGCUUGAAGCACAAAGGGAGCUUACCAUGGGCUGUGAAGGUGGACAAAGACGCACUGAGCUGGAGAGCCUUCAGCAAGAAAACGAGGCGCUCAAGGCUCAGCUGGCUCGACUAACAACACAGCUGCUCGAGACUUUGCAGGCACAAUUCAUAGGACUCCUGCCUCCAUCACCUCACAGGAUGCCCAGAGGACAGCACCGUGGUGAAGAUCCAGACAACAUGCAGGGGGCGAUGCCGGAGCAGCGGGCGGCACACGCAGACAGCUGCCGGCGGAUCGGUGGAUUGUAACGCCAGCGUCAUUUCCUGCUCUUCGCUUUAGAGACUGCUUACAUUCUGCUCUCCCUCUGUUUCCGGAGUAAAAAUCUGAAUGUGGCACAUGAAGCCCCACAUUCGUGGUGCCUGAGAUAAAUGGCAUGAAGUUGUAGUUGUAUUUCAUUGCUGCUAGGUGGCAGGAAAACACAGAAAAGGCACCUGGCUUGUUUUCCCAAUGGGAUUUUGAUCACACUAAUACUUGCAUUGGCAGUUGAUAGACUGUUUUCUAAAAAGAAUAAAUAAAUAAAAAUUUAUUGAGCUUAUAUAGACUGGAAAGAUGUAGGACCAGACCUUUGGUGGAUUCAUUAUACAUCCUGAUCAGUCUUUUCAAUGCAGGGUUUACUUUCUGGGAAUGACUGUUAUGCACUUGUCUUUUUAAAACUUGAAAGGGUUUAUGACAGGGUAUGUAUGUAUCCUCGGAGGAAAAAUCUUGUCAUCAAGGGCCAAGGUUAGUGCCUGACAGCCUUUUGAGUCUUUUUCUAACAAUCAAACCAUUCACACGUGUUAUUGCCAGGUGAUGCUACCUGAUGUGCAGUCAGGGUUCAUGGAGAUUUUUCAGUGAAGGUACCAAGUUUUUAGUCCUCUACUGUACAUUUGUGUUCUGGGCGUCUUGUUGCUGCUGAGCACCCAAAGUGAAUCACAUCUUUUUGUUUUGGUGUUGUUGUUGUUGAUGUUUUGGUUUUGCUUUUUUGUUUUUUAAGCAAGGACUGAUCAAACAUGUUUGGUAAUUAAUUUCAGUGUUUGGCUGGUAUUUAUUAAAUCUUUGUGAGGUUGGUAGUGUGUCUUUAGUACAGUGUGUCAUUAUGUCUGCGUUUUUGUUUUGUUUUUUAAUCAUUUAGUGCAUUUUUGUUCUUCUUCCUACACAUGCACAUUUGUUUUAUUUUAUUUAUUUUUUUCAUGUUUAUUAGAGUUUGUUUUAUUUAUGCAUUAAUUAAUAUUUUUUCUAGCUAUAUCUGGAAUAUAAGUCAUAAUUUUAUACUUGUAUUUAUUUUUCUAGUGAAUCAUCCUCUCUUAAGAAAUGUAACAGAAAUCCAAUAAUAAAGAAUAAAGCAACUAGCUCACAAGAAAUGCUGUCUGUAUGGUGUCUGACUCAUCUCAUGCUCACAUUUCCAUUUUUUUCAGAAGCUAAAAAUCUCAUUUUACAUGGUAGUCUUGCAUCAGCAGCAGUUUGACGAUGUCCUUGACUGUCUUCU